AUGGCCAAUACCAAAUCAUUUCGUGGAUAUACUGGUUUGGGAAAUGAACGAACGGCUGCGAAGGCUGACGAAAGAGAAACCUUCUGGGCUGGAUUGCACGAAAUUCUGGACAGUUCCGAGCUCCCUGUUUGGUAUAAUCUCGUGGGGCCUAAUCAGUGGCCAGCAGAAACCUCAGCGGUUGGCUUUCGCAAGUCCGUGGAAGCAUACUUGGCAGAAAUCGAACAUCUUUCGGAGAGGUUCACAGGCCUGGUUGCUGAAGCGCUAGAUACGGACCCCUCGGUAUUCGCCAAAUUCUUUAAGAAGCCAUGUAUGAGCGGUAUGAAAAUCGCGGCAUACCCUGCACCAGACGCUUCACAAGGCACCAAAACUGAGUUUCAAGGGGUUGGGCCUCAUAAGGAUGGCUCGUUCUUGACUUACCUACUACAAGGAACGGAGCAUUCCAGCCUUGAAGUACAGAACAAAUCGGGCGAAUGGAUCGCAGCCCCCCAGUACCAGGCACAUUAG